UGACUGCGGAGGUGCAAGUACUUCUCAGUCUUCUGUCUUUUGCAGCACGUAACAACUACUGUCCUUGCUGUUUCCACGUCGCUGGACGAGUGGGUGUUCAAGGCCUGUACUACUACUGCUUGAACCAAGCCGAGUGUAACUGUUACCGGUGUAUACCAGCGCCUCUGUGACCUAGGUCAGGAUAGGGGAGUGUGGGUGCUAACUCUUGUCUCCAGCGCCUAGCCAGCCAUCUACGCAAACAGUGAUCUGGUAACCUUGCCAGCCUAGUAGAUCUACUACUACUACUACUACUACUAGUAAGUAGUAGAUCUACUCGUAGUCUACUCGUCAGUAGUAGUAUCGUGGAGAAAUGGAGUGCUUAUGACCUUUCUGCUUCAAAUACAGUAGCUGGGUGUCGUUUCUGAGCGCGCACUGCGCACUGGCUGUACGAGACCAAUAUCUCCAAGACGGCCGCAGUGAUGGCGUGCUGGACAGCUUGGCAGUGUGUGUACAUGUAGGUUAGCGAGUGUCGUCUGCCGGUGAAGCAAUGGGCUCGUGUUUUUCCUGUUGCUGGUGUCGUGACGGUCCACGGGACCCUGAUCAUGCGACAAGUACACGAACUAGUGCCGGCAAGGGCGAUGGAGCGCAUAGAGUAUUGAUCAAGGGCCCGCCCAGAUUUCAACUCUUCAGCUUCAUGCAAGAAAAGACAGCGUUGCGACCAACCCGUCGAAGACACCAUUGUGCAUAUCUUGAUGGAAACACCAUGGUUGUGUUUGGUGGGUCGGGAGCUAAGAAGAACGUGGCUGGUAACGGCCAUGGAUACUCCACGAUCUGGCUGUUUGACUUGCUAACAAUGCGAUGGACGCAUCUACCAAACCGCCUCAAAUGCAGCCGUCCUACUGGCGAUGUCUGCUCCACCAUGCUGCCUGUAGAAGAAGGAGUCUUGACCUUUACUGGAAAUAAAAUGUUCCGAGCAGGGACAUGCCACAUCUACAACAUAAGAACUGGUUGCUACGAGCAAUUUCCCUGCACAGGGGAUGUUCCACCGCCCGAUUCAGUUCAGCAAUUGUCAUAUGACGUGGACGGUUCUCACGCAUACCUGCUAGCACCCGGAGGAGUGGGCAGCAUGGCUCCAUCUCAGGUGUACUCGUUGUCCUUGCCUGAGGGUGAAUGGAAACGAGUGGCCCAGCGAGGACAUCCGCCUAGUAACCGCGAAGGUGCUGGUAUCAUCUCAUUUUGGGACUGCUUCUAUGUUGUGCUAGGCAAGAAAUUUGGUGGAGAGGGCGUGUCAGCAGAAGAGAUCCACAAGUUCAGCUACGACACGUGUACGUGGGACCGAGUACCGUGCGAGCCAGACCCCACGCAUGGUUUUCCCCGGCCGCGUUGCUACCAGGCUGUCGCGUCCAACUCAUCAUACGCUGUGAUGUGCGGUGGAAAGUGUAGUUUACACACGCCAAUCUUCGACAAUCCUCCUGAUUGGAUUUGCUUAAUGGGCGAUGUCUGGCGCCUGGACUUCCUCGGCUCGCGAGUACGCUGGACAAAGCUACCCAUGAAUCUGAAGCGACGUACGGCAAGCCAUGUGGCCGUCCUGUCGGAGUCUCACUGCCUCUGCGUGUUCGGUGGCAUCUCUGAACGAAAUAAGACCGUGGUUCGAGACUCCCAUGGCUGCUGCAUUGGCUAUGUUGGCAUUCCUUCACUCGCUGAGAUGGCUUGGAGAAACCUGAUCCUGUCACAACCACACCUGAUGGCCCUCUCCGCGGAGAAACUGGGAGCAUUGGGAGUGCCGGCUCGAUUUCUGGACUUUAACUGGACUGCAGCGGCAUCUUCCAAGUGAUCAUUCAUCUUCCUAACUGGCAGUUCAACCUGAGUUGGAGAAGUUGGAGACUAUCAGGUACCAUGGCUAUCAGUGAACGGCUUGGCUGGCAGUCACAUGCUCACAGCAGCUCAUCCUGAAAUUACUGCUUAUCUCAUUCACAAUGGUGAGUGGCAGUGAACUACAACAUGUUACUUGAAAAAAAUUCUAUACCGUGACGCACUAUCAUUUCCAGCUUGCACAGUCGUUAUAAAACCAUGUUCUCAGCGGAUCGCGUCCCACUUGAAUCUGUCCACGCUACCGUAAAAGCACUCGUAGUGCAGUAGUGUCCAUGUACAGUAUAAUAGCUAAACAGCGUAAGCUGCCUACGGUCAUGGUUAGGACCCGUACAGGAUCCACUGUAGAUAUACAUGCUGCCUAUUGGCUCACCCACAUGUACUAUGCUACCUCUGUUAUGAUUGUGUGUGUGUGUGUGAGUCUGUGUGUGUGUCUGUGUGUGUGUCUGUGUGUGUGUGUGUGUGUGUGUGUGUGUGUGUGUGUGUGUGUGUGUGUGUGUGUGUCUGUGUGUGUGUCUGUGUGUGUGUCUGUGUGUCUGUGUGUGAGCAAGAACCAAGCUGAGCCAAAUACUGCAUUUCUUUCUGGCUCCGGCCACAGUAGGGUAUUAUUAUUCUUUAUUUCCACGAUGGCCCAUGGCCAAUAAGGAAGGCUGUUCAGUACAACGUUUCCGGCUUCAAUAGUAGCCAGCUGUUGAUAUGCAGUCGAUUUGGUAAGAUUCCUGUACAUUAGCCAGCUGCUAUGGAUUGUCCAUCACCACACACCUGUCACCUCAGACUGUUUAUUUUAAGAUGUUGCCAAUUUCCUUAUUUGUCAGCUGACUGCUUGAUCUGAUGUUAGCUAGUACCCUGCUCGCUUCCUUUGCAUGGCCGCCAUAUGAAUACGCUGACAUUUGUGCCUGACAUAUCCGGAUGAGAUCCGGCUUAGAUUGAUAUGGACUAUGAUUCAACAAUUUCCACUGGAGUUGCAUUCUUGUCAAGCUUUGGACGGUUUUUGAAUUGAUGCUGCA